AUGGAAUUUUCUACUUAUCAUCAACCAUAUUCACAUAAAACUCGUUUUAAACUUAUUCAUUCAACAACAACAUUUAUUAAAAUACCAAAAAUAAAAAGAAAUUUAUCAUUAAUUAAUCGACCUACAUCACAAUUUAAACUUAUUCGUAAUGGAAUUAAACAAGAAUCAAAAGUUAAUAUUCCAAAACCAACAAUUAUUAGAGCAAAAAGUAUUGAUAAAUCAUCAACAACAAUAGCAAAAAGUAUAGAAAAUAAAUACAAAUGGAUUAGAACGAGUUUGAAAAAAACUGAUAGUAACAGUUUUAAACUUGAUCGUCGAAAGAUCUUAACAUCCAGUGUAAUAAAUGGACGUAUAACAAAACGUAAACCUCGUGCGUCAUUAUCAAAAUGUCUGGUACGUAUUCGUGGUAUUAAAUUUCAUACGCAUCCAAAUGGCAAAUGUCUUCAACGUUUAACUUCGGAUUCUGACAACAACAAAAUUCUAUCAUCAUCGAUUCCCAUAAAAAAAGUUGAACAUCCAACUAUAGCACGAGCCAAUAUUCUUCUACAACGAAGUAUUCAAAUAAGUAAUGGACGUUAUCGUUUAAGAAAUGCAAAGAAAAAAAUAACAACAAUGAAAAAGAAAAAAAAUUGUAUUUAUUUUAAUCGAUUUGGUAAAUGCCAUCGUGAUGAUAAAUGUCCAUUUAUUCAUGAUCGUACACGAAUUGCUGUUUGUACACAAUUUUUAAAUGGACGUUGUAAAAAUUUUUCAUGUCCUUAUGCACAUGAAUUAUCACCUGGCAAGGUACCAACAUGUUCAUAUUUUAUAAAAGGUGCUUGUGGUCAAGAUAAUUGUCCAUAUGCACAUUCAUACGUUGGACAUGAUGCUCAAAUAUGUGAAGAUUUUGUUCAAGGAUUUUGUGCAAAAGGAAUUGAGUGUUCAAAACAACAUGUUCUACUAUGUCCUCAUUUUGAAUCAACGGGUCAAUGUCCUCGCGGUAAACAAUGUCAUUUAACUCAUCGACGUAAACGAAAUGAAAAUAAUAUUUUGAAAAUCAAAUCAAAUUCUUCUAAAACGGAUCAACAACCAACUGUUCUUCCGAGUGUAAUGCCAGCUUAUAUCCCAUUGAAUCAAGAAAGUGGAAAAAAAUCACCACAAACUGAACUAAAAUUAAAACCUAGCUUUUUAUCUUAG